AUGGCUUCUUCCACUGAAAAGGGCAUCGCCACCACGAACGAGGUGAUUGAGAGCGCCGUCAUCCGGGCUCCGCUCUCGCACGUCUGGCAUUUUAUUAAGCUGCCCGACUUCCAUAAGUUCUGGUCUGCGAUUGAGAAGGCCGAACACGUCAAGGGCACCAGCCACGAGACGGACGUGGUUAGGUGGACCUUCAAGGACGGCAGUGUCGUCGAAGUGAAGCAGGACGAGCAUAGCAACCUGGAACACUUCAUUACGUACAGUGUCAUCAACGCCGAGCCCAACCUAACGUACUCGAGCGUCGUGAGCACUAUUCGCUGCUGGGCUGUUACCUCUGGCGAGCUCCAGGACACGACCUUUGUCCGCUGGACAUCCAAAUUCUCGAGCGAUGCCGACAUUGGGACACGAAUGGAAAAGCAUUUCGCUCGACAUUGCGAGCCUGUUGCUAUUGAUUUCCUCCAUUUUAUGGGAAGCAUCCCGGUUGCGAGGACUCGAUGUCGUACCCCCAAGUUCUCGAAGCUCGUGCGCAGGAUGGCAUCCUUCGUAGGCUACUUGCCGGUCAUGGCGACAACCAGCGUCUUCGUUCCCCAAUUUACCACUCACUCCGGUUCGCAAGCACCCCCUCCCCCCGCCGUCAUCAUCCCGACCUCCACCAUCACCUACCUCGGCAGCACCACCCCGCCCCCUCCUCCGCCACCGCCCAUCUUCUUUGGCGCCGCCGUGCAGCCGGCCCAUACUCAUACCCACUCCCAUACGCAUACCCACACCCACACCGCUUCCUUACCUUGCUACGGCGCGGCUGUAACGUUUUCUCCGCCGCCGCCGCCGGUGCCGGUGCCGCUGAAGAUUGCGCCUUGA